AUAUGCGACUGAUUUAAUUUCUGGUUAGUCAUCCAGAAUUAAAUUAAAUAUGACAUGGGAAGCAACUCGCAGAAAACCGGAAAUAAAUAAACGAUUUGUUGAUCCGUUGGAAGAGGUAGUAGGGUUGCCAGAUUGGACUUUGUUUUGGUGGAACGUUUGAGUUGUCGUAUUUGUUCUUCUUUUUGUAUAAGUGUGUCAUUGCUAAAUAAGAAAAGACUGCACCUUUUAUAAACGUUAUGUAAAAUGUCCGGGAAGAUAUUAAAGGUUAAUAAAUGUUUUGAAACCCGCUUUGGUUUAAAAUGGGAUUUCAUGCGUUUUAAACUAGUAAUCUGGCAACCAUGGUAGUUAUUUAACUGUCAGGCCCAGUUCGGAAAGACGGCGAGAUCAAAGAGUUUGCGGCGUUGCCAUGGUUUUUAUCAAACACUGCGUUCGGAUAGAUCCUGGACACCUGCACUGCUGAUGUUGUUUUUAUUUUAUUUUUUAUUUAAGAGUUGAUGGACUGACACAUGUUUUUGCUACACUAACAGCUCGAGAUAGACCAGAGAUCCAGGGCGUUAGCUACAGGUGAAGCUAAGCUAACUGAGAGAGAGAGAGAGAGAUUAGUACUACAGCAGCUGAUCAGGAGUAAAAGUGGAGAAUGAAGGGGAAGAGCAGGAAGCUGAGUCUCCUGAGCCCCAAUGAGGAGGAGCUGCUGAUGAGAGAGGAGCUGCACAGGAGGAGAAAACUGAGAUUACAGCAGGUCCGGGAACAGGAACGCUACAUCGCGCUGCAGGUGCGGCGUGAAGUGCAGGAGAGGAAGGAGAGAGAGCUGCAGAGUCUCGCCACAGCGCUCCAGGAUGAAUGGCAAAAGCAGAGGGGAGAGAGGAUUCAAAACCUGGAGAAGCUCUAUAAGGAAAGCCUCAGAGACGUGGGUCAGGGACACCGAGACGCCAAGGAAAACGAGCCAAACCGGCAGGCUCUGGUUCAGAAGAAAGAACAGAAUGAGGCGCGCGCAGCAGAGAGGCAUCAGAAGGCUCUCCGAAACCUCGUCACCCAGAGACAGACUGAAGAGGAGCAGAGGAACCGGCACGUCGAAGCACGGAAGAAAGCUCUGAUGGUGGAAAAGGAGAGAGCUGCGAAAAUUGCCAGCCUCCCUCACGCUGCGCCCGACCCCAUCGAGAAGGUUGUGAUCCAGCAUCCAGUACAAUCCAAGGUGUCCAACACGGAGCAUUACUGCAUCACACACUACCAUGUCCCAGAGACCGCAGUAGUGGACAGGGAGACAGAUACAGUCCAGGUGGAUGCUCAGGCAGCAGCAGCGAUGGAGGCUCGGCGGUUGGAGGAGUUGGAGAAAGAGGAAGCCCGUGAUAGGCAGGAACAACUUGAGAGGGCACGACUUAGAGGAAACCACGCCCUUUGUAAGGAAAAAGGCAUCCAGAACAAUGCAAGGCUGCUGUGCGAGUUGGAGCGACUGCAGCAAGCGGAGCUGCAGCGACGCAGACACAUGGUGAACAACAUGCCGGCGCAAAUCUUCCAGCCGCUCUGCAGACAGGACGAGCUGCGAGCCGAGCGGCAGAGAGACCUGGAAAUCGCCUUUCAGGACCUGUGCACUGAAGAUAAAGAGUUCAGAGACGACUUGGUGCUUGAGAUGGUGUCCGAGCCUCUGCCUCAUCCUCCUUUUCCAUCGGCUAAAACAGACAGCAGACCUGAAAGUGACCUCGACCUGGACGUGACCCUCGAACCCAAGGAGACACCGUUUGAGGAGGAAGAGCAAGACGGAUGCUCGAGGGAGGAGCCAGUUGCUUCUCAAAACCAGGCUAUGAGGUCCACAGUGCCUGCAGAGGGUACGGGUAGGGUGGCUCUGAGGAGGCUGCUGGAUCGCAUCAGGACCCAGAGGGAUCAGUGGAGCAGGAGGGAGCCUGCAGAGGAGCAAGGAGCUGUCCGAGUAGAGGACACCAGCCAUGACCGUGGAUCACUGAGCAGUGUGGAAUGGCAGCAAGCUUCUAGCCUGGAAGAAGGCACGGUUGAUACAUCAGUGGUAGAAAAUGAUUCCAAGCAGAGUGAAGACUCCAUCGUGGCUGGACCUGUAACGCAGGAAGACGAGCAGAUCACAGAAACGGACAGGAAAUUGAGAGUGAGUGGUCGAGAAAAAGAGGAGGAGCUGCAGAGGCAGCAGCAGGAGCAGUUCGCCCUGCUUCAGGAGCUGGAGGAGAAACGGCGGAGUUUAGAGCUUGAGCUAGAGGAGGCACAGCGGUGUAGACAAAGACUCCAGGAGGCUUUACAAGAACCUUCUUUACAGGAAACACCUGCACCACUGCUACAGGAAACAGUUUCCGAACCCUCACCUGAAGUGCAGGUGAGCGUGUCGGCCCCCCUGUCAGACCGGGCACAUGUACAGAGACUCCAGCAGUAUCAGCAGCGGCUUCUGAUGCAAAACCGACUCCAUAAGAAGACUAUUGACGAUGCUUGUCGGAGUCUUGAGGAAUACAAGCACGCGUUAAAGAUACGUUAUGCCCCUGUUACCAUGACAACAGAACAAACACCACCACCUUCAGUUACUGAGCAAACCGUUUGCUCCGUUCCUCCUUUGACAACCAUCACACAUCUUUUAAACACUGACGCCGGACCGUCCAUCUCUACUCAGACACCAGGUGUGAGUGACAGGCAAAGCAAAAACGAUAUUGUAUUUGCAGACCCGACACGUCUCGCUCAACCUCCUCUACCGGGUAACCGCCCCACCCCGUCCUUGACCGCGUAUCCAGACACCCUUGUACCAGUGCAAAUGCUCCCCGAGGACGGGUCUUCGCUUCCGCAACCAGCGCCCGGAUCCUCAUUAGACAAAAGGCUUUCAGAUGGAUCUCCAGAGCUCCAGGAAGUUCCUCUCAUCCCCCCUGCUGUCUUUCUGGAAUAUCUCCGAAGCAGGCGUUCUCAGGCCACGCCCACAAACCUCGCUCCCGUCUCUCAGCAGGUCGCGAAAGAUCCCGGGGUCGCGCCGGAGAACCGCGAUCCGUGUUGGAACUCAGAAAUGGAGAAAAAUCAGCAGGUUCGAGACAGGAUACGAAAACAAAAAGAUGUCCUACAUGAGCUACUCCGAGCACAGCAGGAGAAGGAGCAGUCGGUCUCACUGGGGUUGCCUGACAGUGUUGUUAAGGUUUAUGAGAAGAGUAAUGAAAUCCUCUCAGUCUCUCCAACAGCGAGUCGGAGCCGGGGUCACGCUCAACACACUCCUGUGUUCAGUGAACAUCCUCAGUUCGAGACACAGAGCUGCACACGAGUGAAUCCGCCGGUCUCGUGUCCACCACGGACGCUCCAAAUCCUCCUCCAUGACUUCGAGCGGCACAAACUCAGCACCAUCGAGGAAGUGGACACUCCGGUUAACGUUACCAUGGAUACGGCUGCCGAGGUGUGUAUGGAGAGCUCGUCGGCUGAGUGCUCGGAUUAUUCCAACUCCUGCAGUCUCUCUUUGACUCCACCCACAGUGGACUCAGGGAGAAGUCCUGGGCCGAGCUUAGGCUCAGAGGUCACAAGGUCGGACGAGAGCUCACGCAGACCGAGCAAGCUGUCAUGGAGAGAGAUGCUACAGCUGGAAUCAGCAGCUUCACGUCCAGGUACAGACUCUACAGAGCGGCAUGUAGAAGAGCUGGAGCUGGUCUUGCCACAUGAUGGAGCCACUGGUGUGCCGGAUUUUCUCUCUUCCACCACCCUCUCAACGGGCAGCUACCUCUCUAGUGAACACGAUCCCAACAUUACAGAUUCUUCUUUGAUCAGUAACGAAUUUCCUGCAAAACAUGACGCCUCCCUCAGCCGCUCCAGCAGCCUGUUUGGUUUUAGCGUCCUCAAGCCAACAGACUCCUCACAUCGCAGUAACAGUCUGCAGCACAUCAUCGAUAAAUACACCAAAGAUCUGGACAAAUCCCUCAGAUCGGUUUAUAAAGGGGGCACUGUCUCGCCGCAGGAAAGUAAGAAUCUGUGUUUAAGCUUCUGUGCCGAGCAGAACCCUGAUGCUGGAACACACAUCACAGCACCACUAGUACCAAUGCUCCCUUUACAGUGCAACCUGGAGGAUAGCAAUUCCUUUAAUAAUACUGCGCACGAUUCCUUUCAGCCGCUUUCCCCAGAGAUCACAAACAAUGACAUGGCAGAAAGCUCCACGACUCUCCAACUUCCAUUAAAUCCCCGAGCCGAGAACUCCAGCACUCACACAGACACAACUGCUUCUGAUUGGCUUGAUUGUGGCCUUCCUCAACACCUCUCCAGUACAGACGAGCAGUCAUCCUCUGUGUCUGCAGGCGUUCCUCAGUGGGAAUGGACUCUGAUGAACAAUAGUGAUUCCAGGGAUCAAGAAACAUCUGUUUCACAAGGAGUAGAAGUGUCCAGGCUGCAGAACGUUAGUGAGGUGAUGGUUAGCCCUCUUCCACAAAAAAGCUUUGAGGAAACUGAGACGUCUCGAUCUACUAAUUGGUCAUACAGUCAGUCGGAGGAAGUGGAGCUCAGGAGGGAGCAGCACAGCCGCCAAGAUGCUUAUGCUAAGAACCAAGAAAAAGCUAAACAGUUCAGAAUGAAAACCCUGGAGAAGCUAAGGACUAAACAAAGAUGAGCCUGAAUCCUGUCUAUUGUUUGGACGUUUUAAACAUAUCAUUUGGUGUUCGUGGUUUCCUGACACAUUUUUAUUUUGUUUUGUGAACUAUGUAUUUAAAUUUUUAUAUUAAAAGAUUCUACUUU